AUGGCUGCCGCCGCUCAGAAGAUUUUGGGACGUCUCGGCUCGUUGGGAGUCGCCAUUGCAAUUGGUGGAGGUGUAGCCCAAACGGCUCUAUACAACGUUGAUGGAGGACAGCGAGCUGUGAUCUUCGAUCGUUUCUCAGGAGUGAAGGACGAGGUGACGGGCGAGGGAACUCAUUUCCUCAUUCCAUGGGUCCAAAAGCCGAUCGUUUUCGACAUCCGAUCGACACCAAGAGCCAUCUCGACAAUUACUGGAUCCAAAGAUUUGCAAAAUGUGACGAUCACACUUCGAAUCCUUCACCGACCCGACCCAGCGAAACUACCAAGCAUUUACCUGAACAUUGGUCUCGAUUACGCAGAACGUGUCCUUCCUUCAAUCACCAAUGAAGUGUUGAAGGCUGUUGUGGCUCAAUUUGAUGCGCACGAGAUGAUUACACAGAGAGAAGUCGUCUCUCAACGUGUUUCCGUCGAACUUUGCCAGCGUGCUGCUCAAUUCGGACUUCUUUUGGACGAUAUUUCUAUUACCCAUCUUAGCUUUGGACGCGAAUUCACAGAGGCCGUCGAGGCUAAGCAAGUCGCUCAACAAGACGCUGAGAAAGCUAGAUAUCUUGUGGAGAAAGCCGAACAGAUGAAAAUAGCCGCAAUUACUUCGGCUGAAGGUGACGCCCAAGCCGCGCGCCUUAUUGCUAAGGCUUUUGCUGAGGCUGGUGAAGGGCUUGUGGAGCUACGAAAGAUUGAAGCCGCCGAAGAAAUCGCCAAGCAAAUGACCGGGUCGAAGAACGUUGUGUUUUUGCCCGGCAAACAAAACACGUUAUUCAAUCUUCCUGCUCAA